UUAGCUGCACGGGUCAACGGAGCGACUCAGUUGCUGUGAACGCGGUGUAUUUUUAACAUAUUAUCAGUGUAAUGGCUUACUAAGUUCACUGUUAUGUGGCUAGUUUGUCUUUGUGCCGCUUGGUCCGAAGAGACUACAUCAGUUCAUAGUCUCAUCCCAGUAUCCCACACCAGUCUAUUCACUGCAUCUUGAACUGUGAGUACCUCCAAUGCCGAACACGCCUGAACCUCCUGCUCCAUCCCCGCCUGGGCCUGUAGUGCAGACCUCCCUUCAGAGGACAGCUAAUGUGGGACAGGACCCUCUGCUCAGCCCUUUGUCCCGGGACGCCUACAGAGCGAGAAGGGCCUCAAGUGCGGAGCUGCACCUGCCAUGGACCUGCCCUGUCACGCACUCCAGGGAGAAGUUUUACACAGUUUGCUCAGAUUACGCCUUUCUUAAUCAGGCGGCCUCUGUGUACCCCAGUAUCAGCAGCAGGACUGGGGGGUCGCUCAAAACGGAGGAUGAGCCCCUCCUUAUUAAGGCCAAACCCUCACAGGGGUUCAGUCAGAGCAGAGCAGUGGAGUCAGAUGAGGACUGUGACAUGGAGGUGUCCGCCAACACUAAACCCAUUUUAGCCUGGGAGAUAGACACAUCUGACUUCAGAGCUGUGCCCACCAGAAAACUCAGAACGAGUAAUGUGAAAAAGUCCAGCACAAAAAAGAUGAAGUCGUCAGUUCGACCAGUCAGAAACCUGCAGGACAUCCCUCCUCACACUUCACUGGAUGACAUCAAACAGAGGAAAGUGCUUGACCUGAGGAGAUGGUAUUGCAUCAGUCGGCCGCAGUACAAAACCUCCUGUGGGAUCUCCUCUCUGGUCUCCUGCUGGAACUUCCUCUUCAGUACUUUGGGAGCAGGCAGUCUACCACCAAUUUCUCAAGAAGAGGCACUGCACAUUUUGGGUUUUCAGCCUCCAUUCGAAGAAAUCAAGUUUGGUCCUUUUACAGGGAAUGCUACUUUAAUGCGCUGGUUCAGACAAAUCAAUGACAACUUCAGAGUCAGAGGCUGCUCCUACAUUUUGUACAAACCUCAUGGGAAACACAAGACAGCAGGGGAAACUGCCGAAGGGGCGCUGAUGAAGCUGACCCAGGGGCUGAAGGAUGAGUCCAUGGCCUACAUCUAUCACUGCCAGAACCACUACUUCUGCCCUGUGGGGUUUGAGGCCACACCUCUGAAGGCUGCCAAGGCCUACAGGGGCCCAUUACCAGUAACUGAGAUGGAGCACUGGAUAUUGAUCGGUGAGCCAAGUAGAAAACACCCAGCAAUUCACUGUAAAAGGUGGGUGGACAUUGUCACUGACCUGAACACACAAAACCCUGAGUUCCUGGAUAUCCGUCACUUAGAGAGAGGGAUCCAGAGACGCAAAACUAAAAAGGUGGGGGGCAACCUUCACUGCAUUAUUGCCUUCCAGAAGGUGAACUGGCAGAAGAUUGGCCCCUGGGCUUUGAAUCUGGAAACCCUACGGCACGACUUCCAUGCCCAGAACACAGAGGGGGUCCCUGGCAGCGAGGAGGAUGACAACCGGUCCAACAAGCGCCUGUCUCAUCUGGGACGCUCCCACAGCACAGGCUGCCACAAGGAGCAGAGCUGGAGACGGCCACAGCACUCUGAGUUCAGACAGCGCUCCCCUGACAGUGAGCUGGAGGAGGACAUGGUGGACUGACGCACAAACCACACUCAACAUUCUGAGUCUGGAAACAAAAGCUGAGAGGCUGAAUACACGCUGCUGACUACUGCAGGUUUAUGUAUAGCUCUUUCAUUGAGUGGUACGGGUCAGGUCUAUGUGGCACAGUUAAUCAAAAUUUUAAUUCAAGCAACUCCAGCAAAGCUUGGAUUUUUAUUGUACUGUGUCCGAGAGAUUUUGUGUGCUAGAUUUUUGCGGUUCAGCGUCUUUUGCAAUUUGCCACAUUUUUACAUUUUGUAAAUAUAGUGUUUUAGUUGACUAAUUCAAAGAUAACCAUGCUUUUUUAUUAUGUAGAAAUACAAAACAUAAAGAAAAGAAUGGAAGAAUAUUACAAAUACAAAACUCAGCUCUUCUGACCCUAUCUGUACCACUGCAAUGAAAAUAAGGUUUUAUUAUUGCUGGCCAGAUAAUGUUUGUGUCUCUGUUUGUUUGAGUCCAGUUUUGACUCUGUUUUAUGUCAAAUAUUGAAAUUGAUUUGUCUGUAGUGAUUUAUUUGUGAAGCAUUUGUUUUAGUUUAGUUUCUCAUUAGUUUGGCAGCUUAAUACCAGCACAUUUCAAGGCACAUUUUGUAUCUUUUCCUGACUUCAGUGCCAUCCUAGUCUGCCAGUUAUACAAUAAUAAUAAUAAUAAUUUUUAUAAUGCACUAUACAUUUCAAGGACAUCUCAAAGUGCUACAACAAGUAGAUAUGUCAGAGUUUAAAAAACAAUAACAAGUAUUAUAGCAGUAUCAUCAUAACAAAAUACCCAAAACAUCAAAAUGGUAUUAAAAGAACGUACCUGUAGUCGAAGUAAAGAGCUGAACUGGUCUGUUUAUGAAACAAAAAACUUGUAAGGUAAAGGUUCACAACAUGAUAGUUUGGGUUAGUGCAUUUAUAUAAACUGUAUGCACGUAAGGAGGUAGUUAUGUUAAUCUGUAAAAUGUGUGUAUAUUAUCUCGAGUUAUGCAAGAGAUAUUCAUUUUCUACAUAAUGCAGGCCUUACGUUGGUACAUUGCAAAAUGUAAUUGUAUUUAGGAGUAAACAAAGCCGUAAAUAAGAAGGUUUCAAACACAUAGCCUACUUUUGCUUUGAAAAAGAACAUUUUCUGCCUAUCCAGUGCUGCUCAGAGAGGACAAACAGAGACAUUUUAUAUUCUGUUUCAGUACAUAGUUUGCAUAUCAUAAUCUUUAGCAUUUAUAAACUUCUUUGAAUCGUAAUGUGGGGGUUGUUUCAUGCAUUUUACCUGAAAAGCAACUGGAGAACUUUUUACUUCAUUUAUUUGUGUUAGGAGACAACAGUUCCUGCUAGGCUACCAUAGUUCCUCAAACAGAGGGUUGAUAUGAUAUAUAUAUAGUAACUAAAUUUGAAUCAUCACAACUAAAUAAUAUUGUAUACCCAAUUUUAACAUGGGAGUAGUUUUCCCAACAUUCAGAAGUGAAACUAAAUUAUCACUGGGUUAAAAAGUAACUGCUAACGUGGUGUGACUUCAAAAGGAGGAAGUCAAGUUCCACUCUUUAGUACAAAGCAAAGAGUGUACACUGUAACCAGACUGUUGUUUAAAACAUAAUUUAAAUAUAUAUAUUUUUUUUUGUGUUUGAAAAUCUACUUUUCCUUAUUACAGAACCUCCCCGGUUUCCACCAGCAUUGCAUGUUUCAUGUCAUCUGUAUGACUCAGAAUGUAAUGAUCAAGUAUUGACAUUUUCAGGAAAUAUUCGCAAUGGGCUAAAGAUAGAUUUUGUUUAGUCUCCUGAUAUCUUGUGUUGAGACAGUCCUGUGCAAUAUCAACCUCAUCUAGAAAAGGUUGCUAAAGCAACAUAAGAAAGAUAUCUGGGUUUAGUGGCAUGUUGGAUACAGCAUCCCCUUUAUGACAUUAUCCGUCCCUGGUCAGAUGUUGUAGGAAUAACAUGGCAUUUGUUGCUUUAGUGACAUGUGUAAUGGGCUUUUCCAGUCAGUGAUGCUGUGAACUGUGUUGUGAAAGAUGUUUUGACCUUUUCCUUGUGUUUUCUGUAAAUCUACUACAGCUAAAAUGUUUAAUUUAAAAAGUCAGAGAGAAAUGAUUCCAAAACAUGAAAUUGUAAACUGCAGGUUAAAACUGCAUGUGUUGUUAAUAUUUAUUAACCUUUGUCCACAUCUGUAUUGCAUUUGUUUAUUAUUUUUCAAUAAAGUAAGAUUUUCAUAAUUGAAUACCAAA